AUGACAGCUGAUCAUAGUCGCAAAGCUCCAAUGGUACUAGGCACCAAAGUGCUGCCGCACAUGAUUGCUCCUUCUGCGAGAGGAGGCGUUGCGUGGAAUCAGGACGGGCAGUGUUUGAUCUUGACUAAACGAGGGGUAGUUAUCAUGACUCCUUACCUUUGCACUACACUCCCUGGUCCUCCCAGUCAUCUCGAAGCAGACCUCAACCUUGAAAACCCCUCGUCGGCCGUCAUGCGAGAGCGGAGAGCUCGUGCCAAAGCGGAGGAGGCUAUGGACCUGGAUUCGCCUUCAGAGACUCCUCAGCCUGCAUUUGAAGUCUCGGCCGAGGCUGGACUUUCUCGACCGCGCCGGGUGUUGAAGCCAAAAAUGGGCGAGAUCAAAUGGUGGACCACGAGCUUGGAAGUGGACAAAGACGGCAAUAGGGAUUUGUACUAUGACUGGAUUGAUGUGGGAGAUUCUUAUGGAGGCGUCCUAUCUGGACGGGAAGUCCUAGCCAGAUCUGCGAUAUGGUCACCGUCUGGGCUCAGCGAACUUGGAGGGUCACUGAUCGCGAUCAUGACCACCGCUGGCCAAGUUUCAAUCUACGCGCCACGGACUGAGCCGUACAGCAAACAAUGGGAUGAGAUUGCCGACCUGACUAUUCUGAUGAAGGAGAUGCUUGAUGUGAAAGACGUCACACCUCCAAUCGCUCUUCAAAUGAAAGCUACGAGCAUGGCUUGGUCCGCUGCUGUACCGGCGGUGGAAAUGCUCGGCAGAGAUGGGAGCCUGUUGGCGAUGGGGUCCCGCGCAGGAAUGGUUGCGCUGUGGACUUAUGGCGAGGAAAGGCGCUUUACUUGCGAUGCGUAUCUCAAGGUAUCAGACGAUGCAUGGGUCACGCAAAUGUCCUGGUCAUCAUGGGAGCUUACAGAACAUUCAAAAUAUGAGACACACCUUGCGAUAGCACUUUCGGAUGGAUCCAUUGCUUUGAUCCCUAUCUUCCGAGAACGUCACGCUGGCGAUGCAUGGUCACUCUCGUUCGGCACGAUGGAGUGGGUCGAUGGAGGAGACAGGAGACAAAUUACGGCUUUGCAGUGGAUUGAGUCUGUCCUGGUGUGGACGAAAUCUAGUUCUGUUCACCUGUGGUCUUCUCGCGAGGAAUCCGUGGGCUGGAAAGGCACAAAAAUCAUACGGUUGGAUCGAGUGGGCAAUUGGGCAGGUGCCAAUCCCUUGGGAGCGUGUAUUGGCAUCGAAUUACUUGACCCUGAUCGGCUGCUCAUCACACUCUCCGCUCUCACACAGCACGUCAUUGUCAACUUUCGAACUUCGCCAACAUUAGCAGAUCCUCAGACAUCUCUCGCAAUAUCUCUGGCCGCCAGACAUUGCGUUCUCGAUCUUCAGAAGGAUGAUGCGAAAUUUGGAAAGGACGAACGACAGCUCAGUGUGGUCACUUCGAGUAUCUCUGGCAUUGGGACGCCACCCCAUUUCCUUUGUUGGGCCUCAGAGGUUAUGAACUUGCAUAAUCUGGAUUCAGCGAAUGAAUCGGUCCGGUCUAUCAUCUUCGUGCUUGCCGAUCUCGGUAUCACGUCUGUUGAGCAGGAGGACCCUCUGGCAAUCCUGCAUUCCAUUCUUCAGAAGUCUCCUCGACUGCUUCAUUGUUCCCCUCUCUUCGCACUCAUGCCGUUUAUGCUACGUGUCUUGACCAUGCGAGAUCCAAUGAGCCCCGCGUCAGGAAUCCUUGAAUUGUGCGAAAACCCGCCAGGGACCAGCGAAAAUCCGUCAACUUUAGGCCAGGGCUCUGCGAGUGCUUGGAGCGAACUGAUGAGCUCACUUUGGGCCAAUGUCGUCCUAGACAAACUGCGAUUGAGUCUCGUGGUCGCAAGGUGGUCUGCAAUCACAUUUCCGACAUUAGCGCCUCAGUUUGAGACUUUGUGUGCCACUCUGAACUCUCAGAUUCAGGAUAUCAUCGCGACUGCCCUUAUUGUCUGGAUACUGGCUGAGGUCAAAAGCGAAGCCUUGGAAGAUCUCAGCCCAGAUGAUCGCGCCUUCAUGGGACGCCUGGCAGCGCUUCCUAUCGAUGAUGCUGUGACAUCCUCGUUGAGGACCAUGAUGGCGGGAUCAUCAUUCAAUCACACGUGCCCAGUAUGUUCUGCCCCUGUCGACACGGGCAAAGGCGGGCAAUCCAUUUGUGCGAAUGGUCACGAGUGGACACCAUGCUGUGUGACACAAUCCCUCAUCACCUCUCCAAUUCAUCGUCUCUGCACCGUCUGCUCGGCGGCAUCAUUGCUCCCUGACUGUCACAAGCCUUAUCCGAUCCCAGUCAGCCCGGAAGGCCAGAGUCUGGACUGGACCAGAUUUCAAUCAAGCGAUGGGACAGCACCGUCCGGUCAGCCUAGCGGGAAACGGAGAGGCCUACAGCAAAUGGCACUCGAGGCCGCUAUCGUCUGCCCGCAUCCAGUCCUUCUGAUCGUCACCAAUCUCCGACGCCGUCGCCCUCCGCUAUUUGUAUUUGCAGGAAUCGAUAAUGCCUCAAAUGCCUCGGAAGACUCGGAAAAAUUCGCCCUUGAAAACAAUCCGCCUCAGUCCGACAACUCCGUGCAACGGCAUUUGCCAUCUACCAAUUGA